AGUAACAAAUUUAAAAGGAGAAACAGCAAAUAUUUUAUCAACUUAUAUAAUUGAAAGUUUAAAAAAGCAUAAGUUGUCAGAUAAAAUUGUUGCAUUUUCUGGAGAUAAUUGCAAUACUAACUUUGGAGGUGUUUUAAGAAAAGGAUCAAAUAAUGUUUUUUCAAUUUUAAAUAACAAUUUAAAAACGAAUAUUUUUGGAGUAGGUUGCGCUGCUCAUAUUUUGCACAACGCUAUGCAAUCAAGUGCUGAUGUGUUACCUAUUGAUGUAGAAAUCAUAGUUAACAAAAUUUUUCAAUUUUUUCAUAUCUAUACAGUUCGAGUUGAACAUUUGAAAGAGUUUUGUGAAUAUGCAAAUGUUGAAUAUAAAAAUAUUCUUGGAAGUGUAAAAACUCGUUGGUUAUCCUUAUUACCUGCAAUAACAAGAAUUAUUGAUAUUUACCCGGGCUUAAAAUCAUACUUCGAGAAACAGGAAAAGUGUCCUACAAUAUUAAAAUCGUUUUUUAACGAUCCUAUGUCUAUAGUGUGGUUUCAUUUUUUACAAAGCCAAUUAAAGGUUGUCUGUGAUACUGUAACUAAAAUAGAAGGAGAUAAAAUAUCAGCCUGUGAAGUUGCAGAGGAAUUAGAAAUUUUAGUUGGAAAAAUAAAAAAUAGAAAACAUCUAAACUUCCUUACAACAAAUAUUUUAUCGCUUUUAAAUGAUUUAAAAAACAAUAAUAUGUAUAAUGAAAGCUCAUUCAAAAAAAGUACUGAUCUAUUUUAUAAUACUUUUUUAUCUUACGUAGAAAAAUGGGGUUGCCACUUUGACCAGUUGAAAAUAUUUCAUUGGGUCCAACUAAUAAACUGUCCUACUUGGGAAAAUGUUCAAAAAUGUAUUAAAUUUCUUAUGGAAAACAACCGAAAUAAUUCUAACAUAAAAUUAGAUGAAGAUAAUUUAUUUGAUGAAUUCAGUCAUGUAGAACAAAUUUUUAAAUCACGAAUUCAUGAAUGGCAAAAAAAUUCCGCUAAAGUAGAAGUUAAGUGGUGUGAAAUAUUUGAAUACACUAAAGCUCAUAACAUUGAUACAACUAACAUAUCAAAAAUCGUAGAAUAUUCUUUGGCAAUUCCUGGUACAAAUGCUGCAGUAGAACGGAUUUUUUCAACCAUUAAUGUGUUGUGGACAGAUGAAAAAAAUCGAUUUUUGGUUGAAACUAUCAAAUCAAUUAUAAUCGUAAAAACACACUUUAAAAACUUAUCUUGUAAUGAGUUUUAUAAUAUUCUAUUAAAAGAAACUAGGUUACUUGAUGAAAUCGGUUCAGCACAAAAGUAUACAAAAACAUCAAAAGAAGAAAUUUACAUGCCAUCGUCAUCAAAAUAAUUUUUUUUUGGACUUUUGUGUACAUAUUAUACUUAUUAAUAUUUUAUUUGUAUUUAAAAACUAUUAUACAACAUACAUUUAAUUUGUUUUUUUUAUAUUAAUAUAUUUAGUUAAAAUUAG